GUCCGCCGGCCUCUCGGGCCGCCGGGCCUCGCUGCUGAGCCGCGCCCGCUGUCAGGCGGCCGCCGCCCGGUCGGGGUCUCCGGCGCUGCACUGCGCCGCGCCCCCCUCCGGAUCCCGCCGCUGCGCAGGGCCCGCCCGCCCGCCGCCCUCGGAAGCGGGUCCGCCUGGCCGCUGCUGGCCGCGCCGCCCGUGGCUGCCGGGCGAUGCUCGGGCGCGGAGGGGCCGUCCCGCCGAGGGCGUCCCGCCGGCGCUGAGCCGAUGGCCGAGGGCGAGACGCGGCCGCCGCCUGCCUCGAGCGCCUCCGCGGCCCGGGCCCCGGCCGGCUGAUCCGAGCGAGGGCUGCAGGGGCGGGCAGGGCUGCGCGCACCGCUCGGGAGGCGGCCGCCUUCUGCUGCCGGGGCGGGGGCGCUGCAGCCACACCGCAGGCCCGCUGGCCACGAGCCCGCCGCUGGGGCGGCUCUGCCGGGUGACGACGCAGCCGCGCCAGGAGCCCGCCGGAGGCCUCUGCUCGCCGCCUGGCCUGAGACCGGUCGGGGCGGAUUCCUGCCAGCGCCGGGGCCGUUGGAGUGGCCGGGAGGGCCUCGCCCGGCGGCCAGGAGGAGACCCGCCGUCUCUGGCGCCUGCGAGGAGGGGCUGCGCGCCGGCGCCGUCGUGCAGGUCCGUGUGGAGAGGGGCAGCCCGGGGACACCCAUGGCUGUCAGCCGAGAGCAUCGUGGGGACUACUAUCGCCUGCCAGACUGUGCGGAGGACUCCCCCCCGGAGGAGGAGGAGGAGGAGGAGCUGCUGGUGCAUGUCACGGAGGGGCUGAAAGAUUCCUGGCAUCACAUCAAGAACUUAGAUAACUUUUUCGCCAAAAUCUACCACUUCCACCAGAAGAACGGCUUUGCCUGCAUGAUGCUUUCCGAUGUCUUUGAGCUGGUGCAGUUCCUGUUUGUGGUCACCUUCACCACCUUCCUGUUCUGCUGCGUGGAGUACGAUGUGCUGUUUGCCAACCGCCCUGUCAAUCACACCCAGCCAGGAGGGGGCCUUGCGCCAGACCGAGGGAAGGUGACGCUGCCAGAUGCCAUCCUGCCCACCCCGCAGUGUGUCCAGAGGAUCCAGGCCAGCGGAUGGAUCAUCUUCCUGCUGGUGAUGGCUGCCACCUUCUGGCUCUACCGCUUGGGGAAGGUGCUGUGCAGCCUCCUUGGCUACUGGGAGAUCCGUGCCUUUUACACCAAGGCCCUCAAGAUCCCCUCGGACCAACUGUGCAGCUGCAGCUGGUGGGAGGUGCAGGCGCGCCUGAUCUCGCUGCAGCGGGAGCAGCCGAUGUGCGUGCACAAGCGGGAGCUGACCGAGCUGGACGUCCACCACCGCAUUCUGCGCUUCAGGAACUACCUGGUGGCGAUGGUGAACAAGUCGCUGCUGCCCGUCCGCUUCCGCCUGCCCCUGCUGGGGGAGGUGGUCUUCCUGACCCAGGGCCUCAAGUACAACCUGGAGCUGCUCUUCUUCUGGGGGCCGGGCUCCCUCUUCCAGGGCAAGUGGAACCUCCAGCCUCAGUACAAGCGCUCAGGGGCCCGCCUGCAGCUGGCCCGCCGCCUGGGGCGCACCAUGCUGCUGCUGGGCGUGGCCAACCUGCUGCUCUGCCCCUUCAUCCUGGUGUGGCAGGUGCUGUACGCCUUCUUCAGCUACACGGAGGUGCUCAAGAGGGAGCCGGGCAGCCUGGGGGCCCGCCGCUGGUCGCUCUACGGCCGCCUCUACCUCCGCCACUUCAACGAGUUGGACCAUGAGCUGCAGGCCCGCCUGAGCCGUGGCUACAAGCCGGCCUCCAAGUACAUGAACUCCUUCACCAGCCCGCUGCUCACAGUGCUCGCCAAGAAUGUCGGCUUCUUUGCCGGCUCCAUCCUGGCCGUGCUGAUCGCCCUCACCGUCUACGAUGAGGAUGUCCUCACGGUGCAGCACAUCCUCACCACGCUCACCCUCCUGGGCCUGAUCGUGACUGUGGCCAGGUCCUUCAUCCCAGAUGAGCACAUGGUGUGGUGUCCGGAGCAGCUGCUGCAGUGCGUCCUGGCACACAUCCACUACAUCCCUGACCACUGGCAAGGCAGUGCCCACAAGUCGGAGACGCGGGAAGAGAUGGCCCAGCUCUUCCAGUACAAGGCGGUCUUCAUCCUGGAGGAGCUGCUGAGCCCCAUCGUGACGCCCUUCCUCCUCAUCUUCGCCCUGCGGGCCAAGGCCCUGGACAUCAUCGACUUCUUCCGCAACUUCUCUGUCGAAGUGGUGGGUGUUGGGGACAUCUGCUCGUUUGCCCAGCUCGACAUCCGCAACCACGGCAACCCCCAGUGGCUGUCGCAGGGCCGGACAGAGGCCUCGGUGUACCAGCAGGCAGAGAACGGCAAGACAGAGCUCUCACUUGUCCACUUUGCUAUCACCAACCCACGCUGGCAGCCGCCACCGGAGAGCUCCCUCUUCAUUGGACACCUCAAAGAGAAGGUGCAGCAGGAUGCAGCCCACGCAUCUCCUGCCCAGCGCCUUUUGGCGGAGGCCCCGUUCAGCACCUCUCUGCUUUCGGACGAAGGGCUCAGCACCAUGCCAGAUGCCCUCCUGGCCAGCGUUCUGGGCCACCCCAUCCUGGCAGCAGGAACCCUGGUUCCCCAGGCAGAGCGGCAUCUCCUCGCCCAUCCCGGCAGCACGGCCGGUGCGGCUGCCAGCAUCCUGGCCUCCCUGUCCUGCUCCCAGCUGCCCCGGCGUAACUAUCCUGUUGGCGAGAACUCUGUGUAUCGCAGUGACACCACCCUCCUCGGAGACAGUGUUGCCCCACCGGAGUCCCGCCAGCUGCCCCUGACCCGCUCCGCUGUGCUGUCUGAGUUUGCCUCGGCCGAGAUGAGUCUGCAUGCGAUUUACAUGCAUGAGCUUCACCAGCAGCAGCAGCAGCCGCAGCCGCCGGCACCAAGUCCUGCUCCUUCCCAGUGUUCAGCACAAGCACAAGCAGCAGCUUCCGCAAGGCCUUCGUGUGUGCGCAGCCAGGAUCUGCUCCUUGGGGGCUGGGAGGAGGAAGAAGCACCAUCUCCGGCCCAGCAGCGGGAAAGGGAGACAUGCUAGCCCUCCAGGAGGUGCUCUCUUUCCCUCUUGAGUGUUUAUGGGCAUUUGGAAGCUGUGCCCUCAGCCUUGCCAGGACUGUCCUGCCCGCGGCAGGAAUGGUGGAACGUGGCACAGCAGGGGCCAGCAGUGCCCCAUCCUGCACAGUAGACGUGGAUUGCAGCUGCCCUGCCGUGGGUGUGGGUGUGGCCAGAAGGGCCUUGUCUGUGUUGAUGCCGGACUCCUCCCUGCUUUGGGUGUGUGCCCUACUCGGGGGUGAAUAAGCUACAGGCUGGAUCAGGCCCUGCACGGUGCUAUUUGUAUGUACAGGGUCAAUGCAAAAUGGCUGGGGAGGGGGGGGGGAGAGCUGCAGCCAGGAGUCCCCUUUGGGGGGCAGUAGAGACUCCUCUGGAUCUCCCGCCUUUGCCCCCCCCCCCCGCUGCUCUAUGAUGUCACUUGCGCUGGGUACCGUUCCUCAUUGCAGAGCUGACAGGCGGGGCCUUGUGUCAUGGUGCCCGCCCACCCCAGGAGGACUGGGCCAAUAAAUGUUUACAGGUGUGGCAAAA